AGGGAGACAGCGCAGAAUUUAGUGAGCGCAGGAGUUUCAGUGGAGAGGGAGGCACGAACUGCUGAGUCUUCAAAACAGGAAAGAUGUCGUUUGCCAGUGACAAACUCUACAAUGGAUAUCUGCGGCGGAAAAUGCCAACCAUUGUAAGCAAGGUGAAAGUGAGAGAGAUAAUCAUCCAUCUGCCUUGUUUGACUACUCACGACAGGGAAAAUAUAGAGGCAAAAAGAGAGACUUGUGGGAAUUAUGACGGCAUGGUGCUACUUCUGGACUGUCUGAAGAGGAGAGAAAACUGGCCGGAGCAGUUCAUCGAAGCGCUUGAAGCGUGUGAGCACUCAGCUAUAGCAGAUGAGAUCAGAGCUGAAUACAACGCUCUGAGAGGAGUUAACAAUUCCAACCCCAGCUCCCCUUCAGCAACUGUCAUCAGGGCACACGUCCAUCCAGCACCAUCUGCCAGUCAUCUGUCCGUUCCAGAGAGCGGAGGAAACACUCAGGCAGCUGUUGCUCACCCGGCUGAACCGUCAGCUCCUCCUGAGCCAGCUGUUCAGGCAUCGCCCCCUCUGGAAACCCCUGUUCAUCCACAAGCCCAGAGCUCAGCAGCCCAUGUACCAGAGGCUGUUUCCCCACCCGAGCCUGUUCCUGAUCCUCCACAGUCAACUCAGAUUGAAGUGGCACCCCCUCCAUCAACACCUCCUCCUUCUCCUGAGACCCCUCACACUCCAGCCAGCACCCCACCAUCACCACCACAGAGGGAGUUUAAAACCCACCAGGAGCCAGAGGAAAACUCUGAAUCAGAAAUCCAGGAUAUCUCUGUUGAAAAUGGUGUGACUCCUGAUGAGGCGAGGGAAGGACAGAACAAUGUUUCAGUCAACUCUGUGGCGACUCCUCCACGUUCCCGUCCUGUUGAGCAUUGUGAAACAGACAGUUUGUCCCAACCAGAUCUUCCCCAAACAAUAACGACAACCACAGAGGUCAGACCACCACAGAGUCCCUCUCCAACUCAGGCCAGCUCAGAUGUGACCGAUGGAUCCUCUUUGACCCCAGAGAGGCCUCCAGUCCAGGACACUGCCCCUCCUUUUGACAAAAUACCUGUUGUUGUCCUGGAACCUGAGGAGACAUCUGAACCUUCUACUACACAGGCUGUUGAAAACAGGCCUCAGACAGAAACAGCAGCUUCAGCCUCCCUCCUGCCUGGUGCUGCUGGGUUGGACGCCUCUCUCUUAGAUGACAACACUCUGUGUCUGAGCAAGCCUGGCCAACUCAUCAGCAUCCAGCCACAAAAUCAUGACAGUCCUACUAUUCCCGCACACAACCUGCCUGAGGAGCCCUACUCAGGCAAUAGUGAGCGUCUGGAAAUAAGCGAUGCUGAACCGGUCUCUUCUGGGCUGUCAUGCCAGGAGAAUGGCAUUGCACAUAACGAACCAGAGGAGAACCACUACGAAUCUCCCUGUCAGAGUCUGGAAAUGCAGGUGGUGCGGGUGAAUGUGGUGCAAGUAUCAGAGGAGCCGUCCAUCCUUAACCUAGACGGCCAGAUCUCAGCACCACAGGCUCAAAUCAUCAAUGGUGAAGCAGCCAGAGAAAUCACUCCCUCGAGUCUAAUCACUCCCUCUGGUGAGAGCAAGCACCCCUCUGAGCCUGCACCAGGCCUGAAAACGCUGCCGGAUUCAGAGGAGAAGACGACCUCUCGCACCCUGCCAGCAAAUUCAAAGUACAUUCUGACAGCUGCAGGAGUGGGCGCCUUUGCACUGCUCAUGGCAUGGAAGUUUAAGAAUUAAAGGGAUUUAAUACCUUUAAAGAAAGAGAAGAUUAGGCUUUAAGGCUUUUAAAAGAGGAUCUUAAGGGUAUUGUGCCUUAUUGUAGUCACUGGACUGGGAUUGCAUGAGGCAGCUGUUUAAUAAUUAUCUAUUGUAAUAGUAGCUGCUAGACCUUUGAUCAUGUCAUUAAUUGCAAGUCUGUUGUUAAGUUGGACUGUGCUCUAUUAUGUUAAUGUUGAUUGAAAUUUUACCUAGUGAGCAAAAACCAAAUUUACCCUUCUUAUUCUAGUUAGGGAACGUCUUGGAGCUUUGUUGAGGUCUCAGGUUAUUUAUGCUGCACAUAUUUGGUUUGUAAAGACAGACUGAGGCUCUUUAUUAAUGAUAGAAAGGUUUGUAUGUUCACUUGUCUGAUAAGCACUUUGAAGAUAAGUCUGUUGGCUAGUGUAUCAAGGACCUGAAUUUUACUGAAUUUUACUGAAUGUGGAUUGUGGAAGAAAGGGUACCAGCAUCACACACAUUCUCUUUUCCUGUUGAUGGUGGGAAAUGGGCUGUAAAUGAUGACUUAUGCACUGUCUGUAUUUAUUUGUACAUAUAUAUAAUAUAUCUAUACUCUAUAUAUGUAUCUAAUUAUGUGUUUUAAGAAUGGACUGAUGUGUCAAAAACAUUCCACAGCAUUCACAAUGUCUGAGAUAUUCAGCACUCAAUGAAUCAGCCAAACAUGGUAUUACGCAUUUUGCAGUUUUAUCUGGUUCAUAGUCUAGACCAGUGGUUUUCAAACUUUUUUGAAACCAUGGCAGUCCUUGGUAGCAACUUUUCUUUCAUGGCUCUGUCCCCCAGUUUCUUUCUGAGACAGAACGUGUGUUAAUACCGCAUUAUAUUUAACUGUGAUUUUAAACGUUUAUUUUGAUGAUUUUUGGUAUGUUUUGAUAUUUGAAAACAUAAAAAUGUAGUACAUGUCAACAUUGCCCAGAUUUUUAUUACAGGAAGACAUUAUUAAAAAGGUACUAAGAAAAUGUAAUCUUGCUGCAUGCUUGGCAGUUCCUUUGACAACCACUGGUCUAGACACCAUACUAUGUUAUCAACUGGUGUAAGUGUCAGAGAUAUUUCAUUUUAAUAUAGGAUUUCCUCUCCUUUUAAAUAGAAACAAGAUGACUGUGUCAUGUUCUGUGAGGUAAGAGUGUUUAUUGUAAAUGGCAUUGUUGGGGGGGGGGUAAUUUAGAGGGUUUUGCACAUUUUAAAAGUAUUUUUGAGCUGCAGAGAUGAAAUGUUUUGUCAGUAUGAUUCACGUAAAGUGUGAAUUAUAAUCUCAUCUGAAGUUUUAUCUAAAUUUGUGUGCACUGUCUCUAGCUAUGCACUCCACCAAUUUCAUCAAUAAACCUGAAA